AUGUCUACUCCAAGAGUCAAACUUAACGAUAAAAUUCCCGACAAUUUAUACUUUAGUGUAUUGAACAAAGGAGAAGAUGUUCCCCAUGAAGUUUCUUCCGCUGAAAUUUUCAAGGGAAAGAAAGUGGUUAUCUUUGGAAUUCCUGGCGCUUUCACCUCCGUGUGCAGCUCAAAGCACUUGCCACAAUUCAUUGAUAAAACAAAAGAAUUUAAAGCUAAGGGUGUUGAUACCAUCGCGUGCACCGCAGUUAACGAUUCUUAUGUUUUGCGUGAAUGGGCAGAAGCUUUUAAAAAUAGCUCCGAAAUCCUCAUGUUAGGAGAUGCAGAAAUGUCAUUUCAUGGUUAUUUUGGUCUUCUCCAAAAAAUCCCUUUGAUUGGUACGCGAGGACAACGUUUUUCAAUGUAUGUUGAUGAUGGUGUCAUCAAAGUUUUGAAUAUUGAAGAACCUGGUCCUCUUAGUUAUAAAAUUAGUGGUCCUGAACAUAUGUUGAAAGAUUUGAAAAAUUUGGGCUUGUGA